AUGAGUUGGAAAGGCCUAACAAAGACCGUCACCCGGGGCGAAAUCACCAAGGACCCCAUCUACACCGAUGCCGAACGCCGCUUUCAGGAGCUGGAGAAGGAGACCAAGAAGCUCCAUGACGAGUCCAAGAAGUACUUCGAAGCCAUAAAUGGCAUGCUCUCACAUCAGAUGGAGUUCUCGAAAGCGAUCGCCGAAAUCUACAAGCCCAUCUCCGGCCGAAUGUCAGAUCCCGAUUCAUUCCUCGACGAAGGCAACACAGCAGGCAUAGAAGCAUGCGAACAGUACGAGACAGUCGUCAGGGAACUGCAGGAAACACUCAAGCCCGAACUUGAGAUGAUAGAGUCCCGGGUUAUUCGCCCGGCGGACGAGCUACUAGUCAUCAUCAAGGCCGUACGGAAGAUCGCCGCCAAGCGCGACCACAAGCAACUCGACUAUGACAGACAUCGCGCCGCAUACAAGAAGCUCGAAGAGAAGAAGGACAAGACGUUAAAGGACGAGAAGGCCAUGUACAAGGCCGAGAACGAUGUGGAACAGGCUACGCAGGACUACAACUACUUCAAUGAUCUGCUAAAGGACGAGCUACCAAAACUGUUCACGCUGGAAAGGGAGUUCAUCAAGCCGCUAUUCCAGUCUUUCUACUACAUGCAACUGAACGUCUUCUACACACUACACGAGCGCAUGCAACGGCUCGACAUUGGCUACUUCGAUCUUACUCUGGACAUCGAGGCUGCUUACCAGAAGAAGCGUGGCGACACACAGGAAGAAGCGGAGAAGAUCUCCAUCGUGAAGUUCAAGACUACAGGAGGGGCUCGUGUCGCUGGCGCACGUCCAGGCCAGUCAAAAUACGCAACGAAAGCUCUGGAAGCCAAGGCAGGCCGAAGUUCGAUAUCGGAAGAGACGGAAACACCUCCUCCACCGUACUCUGCUGGGCCUUCUGCAGCUACUGGAGAUGUCAAGUCCCCGACGCUAUCAGCAGGUUCGUGGGGCUCUGCCGCCAAAGCCAAGGGCGCGCCUCCACCACCAAAGCCCAAGCCAUCACGUCUCAGCGGUGUCCCGGCGACCGAAACCGUUACGGCUCUCUACGACUACGAGGCGCAAGCGGAAGGUGACCUAAGUUUCCUGACUGGCGACGUCAUAGAAAUCGUUUCGAGAACGCAGAACGAUAACGAGUGGUGGAUUGGAAAGGUACGGGGGAAGCAGGGACAAUUCCCAGGUACGUACUUUCAUUCGUGUGGGGAGGGAAUAUACUGA